ACGUCAUUCGUCAAAUCUGUUGACAUUUUUUUUACAGAUGCCGUUUGGACGUGUAUUUGUUGCUAUAUAGGAUUUUGAAAUUCGUUUUGAAGGCGAACAUAAUCAUAUGUCUACCGAAAAAGCAGCUAGGGUAUAAUUUUUAGGUAAAUAUUAAUGACAGUUUAUGUACUCUUCAAAAUUACUCCCUUAGCUAGCUCAAAAGCAUGAAUUGACCUAAAUCUUGAUGUAUUGAUCUCCAUCUUGAAGAUUCGCCAGCAUAAACUGCUGUAAACAAGUUACAAAGGAUGUAAAAGCGAGUAUCUACUGGAGAAUUUCAUACAAGAAGAUAUUCAUCGCGAAUAAUCUCUACCAUGUCAAAGAGACAUGCAGAGGAGGCCUCAGGCUCUACAGCCAGUCAACCUCCAAUCAAAAAGAUUCAUUUUGAGCCACAUCUCAUUGGACCCGUGUCUACUUUGGAGGAAAUGGACAUCAAAGUUCUACAGUUCCAAAAUAAGAAAUUGGCUCAAAGAAUAGAGCAGAGAUGUAGGACAGAGCAGGAACUAAGACAGAGAAUAGAGCAGCUAGAAAAACGUCAAACUCAAGAUGAUGCAGUGUUAAAUGUUGUUAAUAGAUACUGGAACCAAUUGAAUGAAGAUAUCAGGAUUUUGUUGCAGAGAUUUGAUGCUGAAACAGCAGAUGAAUCAGAAAAUAAAAAUGAGAAUGAGGCAACCACAUCCUUUUUGAUGCAACUGUCAACAUGGGACAAAGAUGAGUUGAAUGACAAGCUUGCCAAUAGAGUGCAAGUAUCCAGAAGAGCAGUUGCAAAGGUGAUUCAGGCUUUUGAUAGGCUUAUGCAAAGAAAUGAGAAAAUUACUUUGGCAUUGAAAGGUGAAAUUGAAGGACGGACAUUUAUAAAUCAGAUGCAUAAAACUACGUCAGCUACUCGCGAAGAACUGGAGCAUAAAGUAAGGGCGGUAUUCCGGAACAUCCUGCACAAUAGUUAAUCAAUGUGGUGCAAGCAACAAGUGAUAAAGUUAAACUUUGAUAUGAUCAAGGAGGAGGCGAUUUUGAACACUUAGAACCUUGAUGACGCAUUUUUUAAUUUUGUAUGUUAUAAUAAUGAUAGGAAGAGGCACCAUCAUUAGAUGAAGCUAUUAAAGAAACCAACAUCCAACUGCAAGCAGAAAAUCGCAAUCUGCAAGCUCUCCAUACAUCUUUGCAUGAAAAAUAUCACUUAAAUAGCUUGAAGUUGGCUGAAUUGCAAGAUUCUGUCACUGCCAGGGAGACUGAAACAGCAGAACUGAAAAAUCAAAUUGAUGAUUUACAGUAUGAAUUAGAAAAGAUCCGCAACCGUAACGACAAACUGGAAACCCACUUAGCUGAAGCUGUGGAGAAGCUGAAAGCAUACCACCAGCUGCACGGCGACGCGGCAACGCGGCAGCUGCAGCUUCGACAGCACCAGCUGCGCAGCAAGACAGCAAUUCUAAAGCUACCAGAGAGCAGAAUAGGCAAGCGACCAUCUCACAAGCGAAGCUGGAAGAUCUCACCAAAGAAGUAGAGGAAUGGAAGGAGUUGGCCAACAACAGGUUGCAGGAGUUGGACAAGUUGCAUCAGACGCAUAGGGAAACGUUGAAGGAAGUUGAGAAGCUUAAGAUGGAUAUUCGUCAACUUCCUGAAAGCGUCAUAGUAGAAACUACGGAGUAUAAAUGUCUUCAGUCACAAUUUUCUGUCCUCUACAAUGAAUCCAUGCAACUGAAAACACAACUGGAUGAAGCUAGACAGCAACUUCAGGCUAGCAAGAACGCGCAUUUAAGAAACAUUGAAAUGAUGGAGAGUGAAGAGCUGAUUGCUCAGAAGAAGCUGAGGCAAGAAGUGAUGCAACUAGAAGACUUUUUAGCACAGCUGAGGAAAGAAUAUGAAAUGUUGAGGAUAGAAUUUGAGCAAAACCUAGCUGCCAAUGAACAAACUGGUCCUAUUAACAGAGAAAUGCGGCAUUUGAUCACAUCAUUGCAAAAUAAUACCCAGCAGUUGAAGGGGGAAGUUCAUAGGUAUAAGAGAAAAUACAAGGAAGCCAAUGCAGAACUACCGAAGUUAAGGAAGGAAAUUGAAGAACUUCAAACAAAAUUGGCUCAAGCACAAGAAUUGAGCCAAGAUUCCAAGGAUAACAUCAAAAAGGAGGAAAUUAAAGAAGAGGAUAGCACAAAUAGUGAAGGCUCACAAGUUAAGGAGGAACCUAUGGCUGAAGUGAAGAAGAAUGAAGGUGAAAACGAGCAGUCUGAAGAGACGGGUGACAACAAGGAUCAAGCAGCUGGAUUGGCUGGUUCUCCAACGGCUAAAAAAGAAGGUGGUGCCAAAGAAAAAGCAACAGUUAAGAAGGAUCCAAAUGUCAAGGAAAAAGAACACAGAGACGCUCAGCGUGCUAAAGAAGCAAAAAUUGUAGAGAGUGAGAUUGUCAGAGAUCUCAAAAAUCAAUUGAAGAAAGCCUUGAAUGAGCAAAAAGAGAUGAAAUUGUUGCUCGAUAUGUACAAGGGCGUUAGUAAAGAGCAAAGAGACAAGGUGCAACUAAUGGCAGCUGAGAAAAAACUUAGAACCGAGUUGGAAGAAAUGAGACAGACCCUUAAAAAGAUACAGGAGAAUAAACGGGACGACAAACGCAAACUAGCUGAAGACGAAGCUUUAAAGAAAAUCAAACAACUGGAGGAGCAGAAAUACGAACUACAGAAGCAGGUGGCCAAUCAGAAGAACGGUGGUUGCGGGGGAGGAAUGGGCAGUGGUGGGGGUGAUUGUUCGAGUGGUGGAGGUGGACAAUGGGGAGGAGUGGGAGGAGUUGGAGGAGGUCCUGGUGGGCAUGGCGGAGGAGGAAGGCCGUUUGUAGGGUCGCUAGAAGAGGAGGCGCUGUUGAACGAGAUGGAAGUCACAGGGCAGGCGUUCGAAGAUAUGCAGGAGCAAAAUUCAAGACUGAUUCAACAGCUGCGUGAAAAAGAUGAUGCCAAUUUCAAGCUUAUGUCAGAAAGGAUCAAAUCCAACCAGUUACACAAGCUUGCUCGCGAAGAAAAGGACGUUCUCAAAGAACAGGUGAGCACAUUGACAACCCAGGUAGAUGCAGCCAACCUUGUAGUAAGAAAAUUGGAAGAAAAGGAGAGGAUUCUACAAAAUACUCUAGCAACAGUGGAAAAAGAGUUAGCAUUGCGUCAACAAGCUAUGGAGAUGCACAAAAGGAAAGCUAUCGAGUCGGCACAAUCUGCAGCUGAUCUGAAGUUGCAUUUAGAAAAGUACCAUGCUCAGAUGAAAGAAGCUCAGCAGGUGGUAGCAGAGAAAACGAGUUCCCUGGAAGCGGAAGCGUACAAGACGAAACGGCUACAAGAAGAAAUUGCGCAGCUGAAACGAAAGGCAGAAAGGAUGAAGAAGAUGGAGUUGGCCGGAACCACUUUAGACGAGGUUAUGAUGGAGGAGAUCAGAGAGUACAAGGAGACGUUGACUUGUCCUUCAUGCAAGGUGAAAAGGAAAGAUGCAGUGCUUUCGAAAUGUUUCCACGUUUUCUGCUACGAUUGUCUCAAGACUCGCUAUGAGACCAGGCAAAGAAAAUGUCCAAAGUGCAAUUGUGCUUUUGGUGCUAACGAUUAUCAUCGGCUGUAUCUCUCAAAUUAAUUUAAUUCAUUAUUAAUUGUACUCGAUUUAGUUUUGUAACUUCAUACUUUGAAUAUUAAUUAGAUUUAUUUAUAAUUUUUAUUGUAGUAUAUGUAAUAAAAGAUUUUUUAAAUAAGUAUAUCAAGUUCUUCA